GCACUCUAGAGUCGCCACGCUUGCAUUAGUGACUCUUUCCAUUUGGAGAAGUGCGGAAAAACUGACUCAUCAUCUUCAAAAUGACAUGCAUCGCAAGGCAACCUCCACGGCCACACACCCCAGCCUUCAGCCUUCGUGACCAUCAUCCCGCGAUACCAGUGCUCUCAUUAAAUCCGAGAACAUUUAAUUUCAUCAAACUGCCAAAGACCAGCUUUCUUCCCUUCUUCAUGAGGCAAAACCUGAACCAUUGCACGUGUAAGCCCAGGGUCAUGAUUGUUGGAACUGCGACCUCCCUCGAGUCUUGAACCGGCAAGAUGAGACGCGCAGCAGCGACGCCAUCACCAGCACCGGAAACCUCGACAAAUUGCGCGCGAGUGGAGUGUAACACGGAAAGAAUUACGGUGCAGUGAUUUAAAUUUGUGCGUUUGCGUGACGAGGUAAGUGGGAAAAAUCAAGCGAGCAGCCUCGGAAUUCGUGUCAGCAGCAGCAUAGAGUCGGAGAGAGAUGGACGACCGGACGAUGACCGGGUCGAGUGAGUCGGGGACGGGCGACUCGAUCUGAUUUGUGCGGACUGCGGGAGGAAGGAAGGAAGGGAGGAGAUUGAUGGCCAUGGUCGACGAUAGGCGGGGCCCGGAUUCGAACUCGAGCUCGCAGCGAAGGGAGGGGAAGGCGCAGGUCUGCCGCUGAAGAGGCGGACGGAUUUGAACUUGAACUUGAGCUCGAACUCGACGGGAGAGGCUGCAGUGCUCGAGAGAUUCCUGCGCACGUCGCGGGAGAGUAGCGAGCAAGGAAAGGCGAGAAAGUCAAGCAGAAGCGAGGCUUUGGCUGCAGCUGCCGACUCCCUCUCCCGCGGGAAGCGAGAGAGAGAGAGAGAGGAAGAAAAGGGAUGACACGGAAUCCAUCGAUUCCGCGUCUACGAAAAAGGGCUCAUUGGCAGCAACCGCAGCAGAGUUGGCAUCCCCGCUCGCCUCGGGGCAGAGCCGCAGAGCGAGGAGGAGGAACAGCAGGAGGAGGAAGUGAGGGAGGCUCGUUGGGCAUGAUUGCGCAAGCUGCCGUUGUCGGAGUUGCAGCCAUGUUGAUGGUUCGGCUUUUCAGGAGACUGCGUUGCUUUCUGCUUCCUGGUCUCGAGUGCCCGCUCGAGGAGAGCGAAACCGAUCGUGCAGGACGCCUCGCCGAAUUGAAGGUUGCUGAUGUAUUUCAAGGAGUCCCAGGUGUUCAAGUUUAUUCGUCACUGCGCAUUCCCGACACGGGGCACAGAGGACGUCGGGAGAUAGACCUAGUCCUGGUUUUGAAAAGGGAGCUAUAUGUGGUUGAGGUGAAAAAUUGGUCGGGAGAAAUUAGGCUACAACCUGAUGGUGGCUGGUGUCAGAUACGGAAAAAUGGAUCAGUUCAAUCGCACCCCAACAUCGUGGAGGAAACGAAGUAUAGGGCUUCACUUCUUGAAUCGUAUAUUGCACGAAGGGGAGUCAAGUUACCUCAAGAGUUUGUUCAACCCAAAGUCAUUCUUGUGAAUGAAGAUUGCAGGCCCGAGCAAGCUAUCGUAAUGCAGCCGGAAGUUCUUCUACCUGACCAAUGGCAAAAUUUCUUGGAAAGAAACUCAAGCAGAGGAUUCAUGAGCUGGUUGAAGAAGUUAGCAAAACCGAGUGCAAAACCGGAGGGUCUCAAUGACGCCGCCCACAAGCAACUGCACUUCAUUCUUAGCACUGCUCCAACGUGGGAUAGGCUUGUUUUAGUUGGAGGUUCAACAUUGGUAGGAGACUUUCAGCGAUUUAAAGGAACUCAAGAGGAUUUGGAUGCGCUGAGACGAAUGAAACGAUCAAACAUUAGCCAAAUGUCCGUCAGUCACCAGAGGCGGUGGCUUCCCCAGAUUAUAGGAGCUAUUAUUGGUGCCAAACCUUUCGUCAAAUUGGUAAUGAGUUCUAGGGAUUAUCGUGAAGGGAAUCCAGGGUGGUCUGAACGUAAACAACAGGAAGUAAUGAAUGAAGAGAUUGAAGUUAGGUCUGGGCUGGAGGUAAUCUUUAGAGUUGUAGGUCAGUCAAAGCUCCAAAACUUUCCUGUAAAUAGUAUUUCAGUGAUGACUUUGAGUGCCUAGGAUAUGUCAAUACACCUGUGAAUAGAACCCGCCAAGAACUUUAGUUGAGCAUAUAUAAAGUUGAAUGAAUUGUUAACGAAAACAAUUCUUGUUGGAUUAGAUGAUGGUAUCA